AUGGAUUCGUUUCGUUCGUCUCCGAGAUGUCGUAACGGAGCAGUCUAUGAUACAAGGGUUCGAAUUAUCGGGUUCCCAGGAGAGGUUGCGCGACAGGUCAAUACACCGGCAAGCCCAGGCGUGGUGUCCACACACAGAGACCAGGUCGCGCAGGUCGAGUGGGGUACGCUGGACCGUCACGGCCAAUAA